AUGCCUCCAAAAGAAGUGAAAAAGAAAAGUGCACGUGAUCGGGCAGCAUUACUUGAACAAAUCAAUAUACCAGAAUUAACAGAAACUUUGUUUGAUUUAUCUUACCGUGGAAAUAUUUCGAAUUUAGCAGAAAUUUUAAUAGCACCUACAAAGAAUGUAGAAAAUGUUCGUUUUGAAGCUAUUCAACAAAAUAAUUUAUUACAAGUAAGGAAUGAUCAAACAAGAACAUGUCUCGAUCUUGCUGCUAUGCUUGGUCAUCAUGAAACUGUCAAAUUAUUAGCAGAAAAAAAUGCUACAAUGAUGACUAAUGGUAUUAACCUAGCCAAUGGGAUGGGAUACUCAAGUUUGCAUCUUGCAUGCGCAUGGAAUCAACUGGAAUCUAUUAAGCAUAUCAUAGCCGUUGGAGGUGAUAUUGAACAAAAGACAAUACAUGGAGAAAAACCAAUUGAUAUUGCUAGACGAUAUCAUCAUAAUGAUUUAGUUGAUUAUCUCGAGUGGAUUGCUAUACGCAAUAAAUUUACACGUAUUAUCAAUGAUGCAAAAGAUUUUAUCGUUGACCCAGCAAAAAACAUGAAUAAAUUAAAUAAAGACGACAAAAAAAAGAUGGAAAAAUAUGUCACUGAUGCAUUGAAAUGGUCUGAAGAAAAUCAGAAUAUGUCAAAUGCACGUGAAUUAUUUACAAAUAAAAUUAAAGAAGCUGAAGACUUUCUUGCUCCUUUCUAUGCAAAUGCUACAUCGGAAACAGACUUGAAUAAUACCAACAUAAGUAAUGCAAGUCGACCUCAAUUAGGAACGCCCAAAAGUGGAAGAAAAUAG